GGGGACUGAGUUUCGCCCGGUCUUCUCAGUGCGAGAACAGCGAGCAGUUUCCUGUCGUCGGAAGGACUCUUGCCGAGCGGAGCUGCGAUCUAUAACGGGCGGUUUUCUCUACGGUCGGAAGGGAUUCUUCUUUUUCUCUCUCUUUCUCUCCCCCGUUUAUCUUCCCAAGCUCCCCCGCCCACAGAGAAAUCAGCAACAUGGCAUCUGGCGUAAAAGUGUGCGACAGUGUUGUUAACUGCUUCAACCAGAUGAAGGUGCGCAAGGUGUGCAGCAAAGAGGAGAGCAUGAAGCGGAAGAAGGUAGUCCUGUUAAAGCUGAAUGAUUCGGACGAGUUUGUAGUUCUAGAUGAACAGAACGAGAUUCUUGUUGGCGAUGUUGUGGAAGGCACUGUUAAAGACCCGUUAAACUCAUUUGUAAGUAUGCUUCCCAAGGAUCGCUGCUGUUACGCUCUCUUUGAUGUGUCCUUUGAGACGAGCGAGUCUAAGAAGGAGGAGCUGGUCUUAAUUCAUUGGAAUCCAGAAGGUGCAUCUAUCAAGGAAAAGAUGCUCUAUGCUAGCAGCAAAGAUGCACUGAUGAGGAAGUUUGGGGGCAUUAAACAUAAGUGGCAGUUUGGAGAGAUGGAGGAGGUUAUAGACGUCAACACAUGGGCCGAAAAGUUGGGGCCUAGCGUGCUGGCUGUGGAGUCUCGUAAAGUUACAGUGACCAUGCAGCAGCAAAGUGUUAAAUGUCAUUAGAGUCUUGUCCUGUUUUUUUUGGGCCUACUAAAUACCUUCAGUUUGUAUACAUGUCUUUGACUUCCUAUCUGCUUGCUUAACCCUCCUAUUUGUGAUUGGGACCAGUUAUUUAAAGGACACCUGUACCAGUGCAGUGGGACCUUCAGUGGGUGGAAAUUUGCUGCCAAACUCCUUAGCAUGUCCAGGCCUGGAACGAUGCAGAACAAAUUGCGACAAAAGGGCGAGAGGGUGAUCAGUGUGCGUCGAAUUUAUUAAAAACAGCGACAAACUUUGAUGUCCUAAUCCUGUUCCCAGACCAGAUUUUAAGAUGGUGGGUUGUUGCUUGGGCAGUAAUCGGAGUUUCUGUUGACAUCGGGCAACCUUCGUUUAGUUGGGGCUGGGAGGGUGGUUGCUGAUUGAUAUUUUUUUUAGAUCCUUGUAAUCAACGUUUAAUAAUUCUGCAACUCUCGUUAGAACUCUUGAUGCAGAUCAAUGUGUAAUUGAUGUUUUGUAAGCGUUCCUAAUAUUUUAACAGGAUUUGACAGUUGGUGGUCAAGCAUUGUAAUCAUUCUGCAUGUAUACUGUGAUCAAAUUUUCAUUGCUUGCGGGGAGGGGGGCCAGGGAAAGGGGUUGCCUGCCAGUUCAAAGGAGAACGUGAAUUAGUGUCUUGUGAAAUGUUGAUAGAUUGGAAAAUGAACCCCUGACCUACUAAUUUGGAAGAGCACCAUUAACGUCUAAAUAAAAUUACAAUCAGUA